GACAACGUUUGACCGCUUUGUUUGUUACAGCAGUUACACGUUCUUAAUUUUACUCAUAAAAUGUUGGAAAGCAAGAAGCCAAUAAAUAAGGAGUACUUAUGCUUUUCCGAUAGAGAAAUCUACUGCUGUCUAAAAACUAUUUAUCAGUCUUUUAGCGCGGUUGAACUACGUAAUUGGAUACAUGAAAGUUGUGCUUUUAUCUUUAAAUGUAGAGAGAUACAUUUUUCGGAUUUAGUGAUUUUUCUGUGUCGCUUAAAAACGGUUACAAACGAUUCAUUCAUAAAUAACUCACUUCUUCCUGAUGAAGCAAAAAGGCGUUAUCUGAGGGUAUUCAUAAAGAAUAUUGAUCAUGUAGUUCUAUUCAGAACUUUGGAAUAUUUUUUAUCAGAAUACGGAUUUGAUGGGAAAUUCGAGGGGUUUAUUCUUUGUUUUUUCCGUAAGCAACGUGAGCUUCUCCUCAACAUGUUCGACAGUUCAAUUGAUUCUGAUCUAAUAACGAUAGACUCAAUAAACCUUUUGAAGUUAUUUGACAACUUUGCACCAAACAGUCAAUCUGAUAUCCUGUCCGCGCAGUUACUUUGGAUGAAUUUCUUUACAUCGCGAUGGUUGUCAUACAAUCCAAUGCAUCUGCUUGAUCUGAAGUUUCGUAUUUCCGUUACUGCUAGUAAAGUGCUUCACUAUAAUGGUUACAGUGAUGCAUCAGAAGCUCUGGCAAGAAAAUCGCUGGUUGAUUUUGCUGAGAUGCAUCAACUACGGGACCGGGAGAAAAGUUUGAUGUCGACCACCUCCAGUAAUUUAUUUCACGUGGUUGCUAUCGAACUUUCUUCCAUGGUGUUUAAACGAUCUGUCUUUGAAUCACGUAAACGUCCACAAGGUUAUCUCCGACCAAAAGUCAGAGUUGAAUUUGCUACACUAUUACAGCAUUCAUGGCCUCGAACAAUUACUGAACGUUAUCUAAAUCAAUUAAUUCCAAAUUCAUCUGCUCAAAUAUUAGCUAUUUUAGAAGCAUUAAGCUUAAAGCCUGGAGAAAGAAGAAGUUUAAUCACACCAAAACCACCAGUAGAUUCAUCUGAUUGGGAAAUGUCUGACGUUUAUACUGAACUUUUUAUUGCGUCAAUGGAGUUAAUUUAUCCAAAUUCUUCUAAAAAAUUGAUUCCUAAUUUUCUAUCUGGAAUACACGUCAUUCGUAAAAUACCAGUAGAUAGAGAGAAAACUUCUACAGGUUUAAUAAAUCAUACAAUAGCAUUGAAUGAAACAAAAUUUUUGAAAUGGACACAACUAGAUUUAAUUCAUUAUCAGUACAAUUACCAUGAUUCCGCCGAAGAAUAUGAUGAAAACGGAGAAUUGUCAUCAGAAUCAAAAGCAAUACCUUCAUCAACUAUAAAUACAAACGUUAGUUGUACAAUAGAUAGUUUGAUGAAAUUAAUACAAAUCUAUUUUGCAUGUGCUCAGUACGAUAUUUUCGAUUUGGUAUCACGAGAUACUUUGCAUGUUUUCGAAGAAAAACUAUCAGAUCUAAUUAAAGAACAAGCACCUAAAGAAUUUAUACAGUAUAUUCAAGCACAAAUUGAUACAUUGGAGUUACUUCGUGCGUUACACUCUGCACAAUUGUCAAUAAAAUUAUUGAAUAAAAACGAGAUAAUAGAGGAUGUAUUACAACACCCUAUUGUACAAGAAACUCCAGCGGCUAAUUUAAGUAAAAGUUCUAUGAAACAACCGGAUACAUCAAAUUCGGCAAUGGAUUUCUUGGAUAGUGAUAAAGAAGUAAAUUCAACUAGAUUAUUACAUAAUCAAACAUUAAUUUUAAACUUUUUACCAAAAGGUAUAUUAAAAUUAAUACAAAAAUUGGAUAAUAUCGUUAAGAAAAUAGAUGAACUUCAGAUCUCUAUGUAUGAUACUGCAAUUUUGAUAGAUAUUAUUAUAGUAUUAUGGGAUUAUUGUCAUAUAUUAUGUCAUAAAUGGUUCAUUCAGAAUAAAUUGAAAAUAGAAUAUUUCAACACAAUUCAAAUGAAACUAAUUGGAAUUCUUUACUUAUUUAGUCUUAUGAAGACCUUACUUGAAUCGUUAAACAUUGAUGUAGCAGAUGGUUUAAUGUCAUGUAAUCUCAUAUUUUAUGUUAUAUGGAUUACGGAAAUGUUUGAGCAAAAAUUAUUUCAUCAUAAUUCAAGGAAAGAAUCAAGUCAAAAUUUUCUAUUAGAUUCAAUGAAUAUUAAAUUACUAUUAAAAGCAUUAACGUUACAAAUGAAACCAGAUGAUGUUUGUGGUGCUACAGAAUGCAAUGAAAACGAUAAGUUAGCCAUAUGUUUAAUUGAUCUUUGGACUGGUAUAUGGAAUAAAGUAAUGGAUAUAAUUUACUGGUCACGCAAUAUGAUUAGUAAAAGAAUGAUAUUCCUUCAAAUAAAUCAUCCGAAGAAUUUGGAAAUUAAUAGUCUUUCAGAGCUACAAGUUGAACUGUUGUGGUUCGAGCACACAAUCCGAUGGAAACUCCGAAAUUUAGAAUGGUUAACGUGGUGUGAUUUGAAUGAAAUGUCCAAAGAAAAAGUGCACAAGAAAAUUGAACAAAUGGAUGAAAAUUCACUCAAACAGUGUGGCCGAAAUAAAAUGUCUAAAGUAUUUUACUAUUGUCUUAAAGCAGAAACUGAAGUAAACAAUGAAACAGCUAAAAAAUAUUACAAGAUUGCCGAAAAACUACUAUUCAAUAAAUGGUCAAAUGAAUUCCAUUCUAUUGGUAGUAAAGAAGUAAUCGAUUGUCAACAAUCAACUGGUUUGAGUAAGCCACAUGAAAAUACACUGGCUACUGAAAGGUUUCGGUCUGAUAGACCGCCACCACCUAUAGUGAUUGCUAAAUGUGAAAAUUCAAUGGUAUUUCAAACACAAAAGUGGAAUCCAUUAUCUGGAGAACAGGUUCAUUUUUAUGCACUAUACGGAAAACAGACAUUUGUAUCCAAUCAGAAAGUUCACAUCACUGAUAAUAAGUUAACCAACACCGGGAUUUUGGUCAUUUGCAAUAACAGUUCCAGUGUUUUAAAAGUGACCGAUCUAACCCCAAAUGAAGAAUAUGCCUUUGCUGUAGCGGCUUACAAUAAAGAAGGUCACCCGAUAGGAUCACAUAAACAUGGUUUAGGUCACAGUACAAAACCGGUUUUAGCUUAUUCUUCGCUAUGCAUUUAUACGGGAUUAUGUCAUCUUCUACAGUCGGCGUUUCGACGUAAUCUAUCCCAAUGUCUAAUGGCUCAAUCAGUUAACAUAAUCUGGGAAUAUUUAACGGAGAAAUAUGACACAACAGAUGAUGAUAAUUCAACUCACUUAACUGGUUUAAAGUUGAAAGAACUAAAUAGUUUUCAAUGUUCAAGCAUAUUAUUGAAGCACCUAACGACAUGUAUUUUUUGGCACUGCUCAUUUAUUCAGAAGUCUGAAAAUCUACGUUCAUGUAAAUUUGAUAAUUCCACUUAUUUGUUGGACAAACAAAUUCAGAAAAUCCAUUUGUCUGAAAAGUUGAUAAUUGGUUUGGAGUUAAGCGCUAUGUUGAAUGAUGUGCAACUAUUGCUAGAUUUUGCUAAUCUGAUCUAUGAAACAUUGAGUUUUAACAUAGAAAUGAGUUCUGUAACACAUGAUUAUGCUAAGAUUCUAUUAAAAUCAUUAACAAUAAUUCUUGGCGUUAGAAAAUGUACUACAAAAUUAAUAUUAUUAGAUGAAACAUUGAAUAGAAAACUUACUCAAAUAAUGAUCAAGUUUACAUUUGAAUUAAUCAAAGUUUUCGAAGUGUUAAAUGAACUUAAAGGUAUUGUUACAAUAUUGAAAAUUGUAAAAGUCACAUUAAAUCAAUUAAUGAAAGAUAUCAAACCAAGCAUUAACGUGUCAACAAAAAAACGGAUUUCUCAGGGUAAACUAAAUUCUAGUUAUUUAACUGGACGAAGAAAAUCAAGGCAGAAUACCGAUCAAAUGGGUGAAUUAAACUCAGUCAUUAAAACAAUAGAUGCUUAUAGCUAUCUGGUUGCAGCUAAAUUAAAUCCUCCAAGAGGAGAAUUAUUUGGUUACGAAGAUGAAUAUCAAGCGAUUGCAUGUAUGGCAACUAAAUCAAUAAAAGCUGCAAUAAAAGAUGUAAUAAAAUUCAAUCGUCGAACAAUAUUUUUACAAUUGGUCAAUGUAAUUUUAGAAAGAGUUCAUGUUAGUCAAAUUAAUUUGAUUCAACCAUGUUUAAAUGAAAUACGUACAUGGUUGAAUCAUCGUGAUCAAUUACUUGUUAAAUCAUGUCAAUCCUAUGAAACAACAGAUAUAAUGAAAUUAAAUGAUAAUAUGAAUGCAACCAGUCUAGAUAAGACAAAAUCAGCGGGCUAUUCGCAAGAAAUGAAUCAUCUGUUCAGUUUGCUAACUGAUUAUUACUCGCACAAAAUGAAACGUAUGAAACUGAGAAAUGUAUGCCAAGAUGAAUGGACACAACGUUCACAGUUCAAUCUACUGCAGGCACAAAUUGAACAAAAUGAAUUACUGGAGAAAUGGCAACCGAUUAUUGUUCAAACAGAAGUAUUGGUGAAGAUGGAACAAUUGGAGUGGUUCACAUACUAUAAAGACAAUAUUAUUAUCGAUUAUGAUCAAUCACUAACUGAAAGUUUGCUAGACAAACAGAGUAAAAUGAAUCUCAGAAAAUCGAUAAACCAUAUAGACAAUAAAAAAUUGGACAGAUUGGUUUUCAGCACACCACAAGGAAGCACCAGAGCAGCUUAUAAAGCAUCCCAAGCUAUAUUCAAUUAUUUGGGUUCAUUUGUUCAGGAACAUCUAUAUGAUACCAAUAGUUAUGAAAAAAACGAUAAAAAUCAGUGUCCAGUUAUGGAAAAUGAACACGAAAUAAAUGAAGAUUUUAUUGACACUCAGUUUGUUAUAAAGUUACCAGACAACAUUGAAAAAAUCUUUGAUUUUAUAAAAAGAUCAACAAAUCUUGGAUAUCGAGCUAAAUGUUGGCCAAAAGUGUAUAAUGCUGCAAAAUUCUGUUGGAAUGCAACAUCAUUAUUAAGUUCACUGUUGUGUAAACUAUCAAUAUGGUGCAAUGAAGCAAAAAUCCGCAGAGAAACAGAUGUAAAGUUAGAAGCAAACAUCAAAAUAACUAACAAAAAUUCACGUAAAGGAAUAAAUACAGACGGAGAGAAAAACUCAAUCCAAACACAAGCACGUAAUAGCUCAGUUUCGGAAAUUAUGAAUUACUUAAAGCAAUGUACAAAUCGUAGAGCAUUAGCCAACAUUGCAUGGUCUUGUUGGUUUAUGUCUGCUGAUAAUAUCUUAGAUUUAUUUGAAUCUUCACUGAAUCAUGAUGAAACCACAGAAACAAAGUCCAGAUAUGAUAAUGAUUGGUUAAAUGAACAAUCGGGAAAGAUUUGGCGAUCAGAAAUAAUGAAUAAUCAAUUUGAUAUAGACUGGAAUUGGUUACAUUGUUUUAUAUUGAAAGCAUUAGAGAUAAUAUGUCGUGCAUCUAAAUGGGAAUAUCUGACUUAUUUAGGGUUAAAAGCAGUAGGUACAUUGGGGAAACAUUGGGCACCAGGUAUUUUACCUUUUAUUAUAUUUGGACAAAAUCAAAUAAUGGAACGAUUAAAGAAACAGAAAACUACGAAUACUACUAUUAAUGAUAUGAAUAAUAUAGAACAAUUGAAUGAAGAUUUCAGUAAACUUGUUAAUCGUUCACAAAUACAAUUAUAUUCAGCUUUGUAUCACUACAAUUUUAUACAGCCAAAAUCAGAAGAAGCUUUUACUUUAGAAAACACUAACUUUUUCAAUAAUUACAAAUCAGAUACAUUUGGUAUUUCACUGAAAUCUAAUCAAUUCUUGGAAUUAAUAAAUCAAUGUAGAACGUUUAAACAAGGUACUUUUCCGUGGACAAAAGACACUGUUAUUGAUACCAUUCAAAAGCCCAACAUUAUUUGGAUUGAUUUUUCACAACAGGAAAGUGAAGGAGUAAAACCUGUACAGCCUAAAGUACGCAUGAGCGGAUGGCUUAUACCACAAAGCCAUUUAAAGGAUGACCAAUUAAUUUCAAACACGAAAUCAAUGUCAGAGGAAGAAAUUGCAUUAUGUAAUAUAUUCUUACCUCUAAACUCAAAAACCAUAGAAGAUGAAUUAAAAGAAGCAGAAUGCUUGCAUUAUUCUGGAAUUAUGAAUAAAAUGGAUCAAGCAAGAUUGUACCAGUCCCUUGUCAUUUAUCUACUACAUUCACUUUCAACGAAAGAAAUUAAUGAAACACAAUUAAACACCAAUUAUGACUGCAGCUAUGUUAUGAAAUUAGUUGAUUUGCAAAAUGAUGUAUCUCAAUGGGAACGAAAAGUUUUGUUUGUUAUAAAUUCAAAAGAAGGUUUAGAAAGAAAAACUUACGAAAAUCUAAUUCACCAUACAAUAAAAUUCUAUAAUGAAGCGUUGGAAUUAUUAACACCGUACAAUAAUACUUUACAGGAAAUGAUAAUUCACUUCGAAUUAUUAAGAUUCUAUUUAAUAGUUGAUCAGAUAAAACGGGCUAAACAUCAAGCUUUAAUAAUCAUGGAUAUCUUAUUUGAACAAAAAAAUACACUUGACAACUUCGAUCUUAUGAUAAACAAUUGUGAUUUGGAAAAUGUUAUGAAGAGAUAUUCAUUUAGAAUUAUUCAAAGAUAUGGUAUAUCUGGUUGUUUGCUUGGUGCAUUAGUAAUGGGAUUAUUGUGCAAGUAUUCGCUUAUUUCAAAUGAUCAAGUAUACAAAAGUCAAAUGAUCUGUGCAACGUUAUUCAAGUCGAUGCUACAUGGUAGUUUGUCAUGUGCAAGAAAAGAUAUUGAUUAUUAUGGCAAUUCUAUUUCAACUGAAUCCUUGAGAAUUUUGAAACUGGAUCAGAUUUUUACCAACUAUUGUUUUGAUCUAAACAAUGUUGUUGAUGUAUUGAACAAUACAUUGAAUUAUCUAAUAACUCAUGAACAGUUUACUGAAGCAUUUCCAGUUGUCUACCUAUUCUACUACAUUGGUAAAAAUCUAUUAAAAAAUAUACAACUUGAAUUUAAAGCAAAAUUAUUCCAAAUAAAAUGUCUUAUUGGCAUCGGUGCAUUAAAACAAUCUCUAUUUGAAUUAUGUGCUAUUUUACAAGAACAAUCCAGCAUCAAUGAUACACAUGAUUGUCAUAUUUCCUUGAUAAAUUUCGACGAUAUCAAAAUGCAAGAAUGUUUGAAUAUAUUACUAACAAACAAGUUGUCAAAACAGACAAUUCACAAAUGGGGUUCUAUAUUAUUCUGUGAAAUACAAUUGGUUCGCGCCGAAAUUUGCUAUGAAAUCGCGAAAUCUAUACCUUAUCUACCAAAGAAAAUGAUAAUUGAAAACCAAAUAUCAUCUACAAAUCCUAAUAGAAAUCAGGUCACAAAAUCUAGUGGCCGUAAAGUUAAAAACCAAGUAGAAAAAAAUAUUGUUCGUUUAUUGUAUGAAAUGGAAAAUCAAAAUUCAAUGUAUCAUUCAAAUUUUCAAUCUUAUCUAAAACAAUUACUUUUUGAUUAUGGAUCUGAUGUUUGUCAACUAAUGAUAAAUAGUAUUUGUAAUGAAAAUCAUCCAUCCUUAGAUCAAUCUGUACUUAUGGUAGUCGUUGAAGCUGCUAUUCUACUUGCUAAAUUAUUAACAUCACAACAUCAAGCACGCUCUGGCUCAAUGUUGAUGGCUUAUAUUUUAAAAUAUAUUCAAAAUAUAUUAAUGCUAAUGAAUGACUUUAAAAACUGCAAAACGUCAAAUCAUCCAGCAAAUAUGACUCAAAAGCAAAUGACCCAACAAGAUGUUCUAAGUUUAUGGUUUCGAUGUCGAGCAGAAUUGGUUCGUUGUCAGAUAUAUGAAGUGGAUGGUGGAAGGAUACUUCAAGAACUUCCUGAAACAGAAAAUUAUGAAACACCAGAAGAAAAUGACAAUUUAAAAAUUGCAUUAGAAGAAACAAAAACAAUCAAAUUUAAAGAAUACUGGAAUGAAUUUACUCUGCUUAACAAUCAACUUCUAUUUAUUAGAAAUAGAUUAGGAUAUGAAAAAACUACCAAUAUUAUGAUAGAGGAAAUUAGUUUAACAAACAAAUGUAAUCAAUUACUUGUUUAUGAUAUUCUUCGUGAAAGUGAUUCAGUAGUACAAGAAUCAUUUCAGAAUAUAUUAACAGUAAACGACGAUAGUUUGUUAGUUAAAUUGGAAGAUAGAUUGAAGAUACUAUUGAAUGUACAGAAGAUACUAAUACAAGAGCUGAACAAUUGUGGUGAGGGUAUCAGAAACACUUCAUUAUUCCAAAAUACAAUAGCAGAAAUCAGACUGCCUCUUCAUAAAAAUUGGAAAAAUUUAAUUCAAAUUGGAUUAAGAGUCUCACUUAUUCUGUUAUCACUUGGUGAUAUCAAAUCCACACAUUCCUUAAUUCCACAAGCCAAUAAUAUGAGAAAUAAUCAUCCUGAUUGUAUCAGAAUAAUAACACUGUUACAUAUGAGCUCCGAUCAAAUUUAUGAUGAAGCAUUAGGUGUUUUAAUUUUUUCUCAAAAUAUAUUAAAACAUCUUCCACCAAAUUGUCCAUAUAUAGAAAGUGAAUUAUUGUUUAUCAAAGGUCAUAUAGAAUUGAGAUUGUUUUUAGAAAAUAAAGUUGAUUGGCAAUCACCUUCUCAAAGCUGGUUACGUUCAAUUUGCAUUUCUGCAUUUGUUACGGGUGAUAAAUUAUUUCAACACAGAACAGAAAUAAUGUUAGUUUAUUUUUGGCAAUUAGUAUAUGUUCAACGAAAAUGUCAACAUUUAGCAACUACUCAUGUACAGAACAUCAUGGAUAAUAAAUUGAAAACAUCACUAUCGAAAAAAGAACUUGAGGCGAUAUCAACAAAUGAAAUAGAGGGGAUCGAUGAUUCGUUUGGUAGAUUUUCUCAAUCUGUUAGUUUAUGUAUUUGGAAUAUUUUAUUAAUGAUUGAUCAAUUCUUAUCUCAACGCAGACAAUGUUCGUCAUCAAAUACUCUUAAAUCUACUGGUUUUCUACAUCCAACUGAACUAAACAAUAGAAAUAAAUCAAUAAUUCCCAAAAUAUCUAAAAGUGAAUCACCCAAACGUACAAAUUCAGCACUUGAUAAAGCGUUUCAAGAUGAUUCGUCAGUUAUGCAUCAAUUUGACUUAGUAGGAAAGAAGUGUUUGGAUUCCAUUCGGAUAAUUUUGCCAGAUGAUGAUGAAUAUGAGUUAAUAAAUUUAAUUCAACCAUCAAAUCAAUUUGAUGGAUUAUUCGAUUAUGGGAAAAAUCGAACUCUUGUCAGUGAAUAUUGGAAUGUUGUAUUCAAUUCUACUUCGAUGGUUUCUGAUGAAAAUCAAUUAUUAAUUAAUCAGAAAUAUGAAUGGAAGAAGCUGAAGAAAAUUAAACUAAAUAUGGAUAUACUUAAGUUGUAUGAAUCAGUUUUAUAUGAAAAUGUAUUAAAUAUUAAACAGUUGUUUGAACGAAAUGAACAGAAUAUCAAAGGUCCUAAUGUCAGCAAUUGUCAAGAAAGUCAAAAUGAAGAUUGCAUUACAAAAGUUUCGAUGCAGAAUGUAAUAAUUCCUAUUUCAGCAGUUCCCUACUAUUCACAAGAUGCAGAAUACUGGUUUCAACGAUUUACAUCACUCCAAGUUCACCUAUAUGAACUGAAUGGUUCUAUAGAAACAGAAACGUUCGGCAAUUUAUCUAAUAUCAUUAAAACUUCAUUUAGUUGGUUUAAUGAUCAUACUCCAGAAAAUGAAAAUUUUAUUCAAUCAUACAUAUCACCAUACAAUAUGAAUUUCGAGCCCAAAUCGCCUAUUAAAAUAAAAAAUGAGACUAGACGUGGAGGAAGUAGCUUAUCAAAAUAUUUAUUGAUGCAAACAAUCAAUAAUUUUGAAAAUGAUAGCGAUUUUUAUAAGUGCCUACCGAUCCUAAUCAGUUGCUAUUCACCAAAGGCAAAACUUGAAGCACAUCUCUAUCAACAACGCUUGGUUUUAUUCUAUAAUAGUGAUGAAUUUUUUAAGAUGAUAGAUCAAUUCAACAAAAUAGUGAUAAAAUACAGUGCAGCCAAUAUUUUCUCUGAAAGAGAUAAGGCAAAUAUAAAUAUCAAAAGUACCACAUUGAAAUCAUCAUCUGUUAAAACAAAUGAUAAAUCAUUAGAUUCUGAAAAUUUCAAUCAUUCCGAUCUGGAAUUUCAGGAUGAAUUCAAUUUAUGGUUAGACAAAUUUGAUAAAAUUCUUCGAACUGGUAAAAUUGUGCAUAAUUCUGAUCAAGAUAAAAAUGGAUCAACAAAAUUUACAUUUAUGGUCCCUAAUUUGUCUAUACAAAUAAAUCAACCAAUUGAUGAGAUUUUUAACAGCCUAAAAGAAAUCAUUUCAUGGAGAUAUUUUGGUGGUUCAUUAAUAAAAGGAAAGUUCAGCGAAUAUAUCACAAAGUUAUAUCGAAUGAUUUGA